UCCUUGCCUGGCCAAUCAUUGACCAGCGACGGUGUCGGCCUCUAUAUCUGGGGCUCGGACCCUGAAGAGCCAGUCGACGAUGAGCUGCUAGCGUGGUCGAGCCUCGUCAUGGAUCUCUGCAGGGCAGCGCUUCUCCUCGGGGCCCUGGUGGCCACCGCGGGUGCUAAUGAAGUGGAUGGAUACGCCAAGACGGAGGGGGCCUGGAUCCUGUCCAGGCACCGGAGCGAGUAUUCCGCCAACACGGUGGCGGCAUGUGCGGCCAAGUGUGACAGCGAGACGCAGUUCACAUGCAGGUCCUUCACUUACAUCGAGAAGGACCAGGAGUGCUGGACGCUGGGCGCUAACUCCAAAUCUGAACUCACGCUGCGCCGAAGUAGCACUGUGCUGUACGAGAAGAAAGAUUAUCUGCUGGAGUGUGUCAAUGGCAUCGGAACAGAUUACCGUGGGACGAAAGCCAGGACCAAAACAGGAAAAACAUGUCAACUAUGGGAAGCCAAGACUCCACACAGACCGAACUUUACCCCACAGAGUCACCCCAAAGCAGACCUGGAGUCCAACUUCUGCAGGAACCCUGAUGGGGACAACGGGGGACCCUGGUGCUACACCACCAAGCCCGACACCCGCUGGGAGCACUGCGGUGUGCCGAGCUGCACCGAGGACUGCAUCCAGUGCAGCGGAGAGAACUACCGAGGGAAGGUGUCCACCACCGAGAACGGCUUCACCUGCCAGCGCUGGGACAGCCAGCAGCCGCACAACCACGGCUACAUCCCCAGCGCACUUCCAGAGAAAUAUCUGGAGGAGAACUACUGCAGGAAUCCAGAUGGAGACCCGAGACCCUGGUGCUUCACCACCAGCGAAUCCAAGCGCUGGGACUUCUGCUCCAUCCCCCGCUGCACGUCCCCGCCGCCCACCGUUGUCCCGGAGCUGACCUGUGCCACCGGAGAGGGCAGCUCCUACCGAGGAACCAUCUCUGUGACAGAGACUGGCAAAACCUGCCAGAAGUGGUCCAGUCAAACGCCACACAAACACAACCGAACUCCGGAUAACUACCCCUGCAAAGACCUGGACAACAACUACUGUCGUAACCCCGACAAUGAGCGGAUGCCCUGGUGCUACACCACCGACCCCAACACUCGAUGGGAGUACUGCAAGGUUCCCACAUGUGGGGACGGACCUGCGCCAGACGAACCAGUGAUUCCCCCGGAGGAGGAAGACUGUUACGAGGGAAACGGUUCUAGCUACCGAGGGAUCACGUCAGAGACCAUCAGUGGCAAGAAAUGCCAGUCCUGGAGCGCCAUGAGUCCACACGCCCACAGGAAAACCCCAAGUGAAUUUCCAAACGCGGACCUCAAACGGAACCUCUGCAGGAAUCCGGAUGGAGAUCGAGCACCCUGGUGUUAUACGAUGGACCCUGCCGUCCGCUGGGAAUACUGCAACCUGGAGCGCUGCUCCACGAGUCCCCCUAAACCAAGUUCCAGACCCAGCGCUCCCUCCCCUCCCACACGGGCACCACCGCAGAAAGACUGCAAGGUCGGGAAUGGUGUCACCUACCGCGGCCCCACUUCCAUCACCGUCUCAGGGGUCACCUGCCAGGCUUGGAGCUCUCAGAGUCCUCACCAGCAUCACAGCUUCACCCCGGUCACCCACCCUGACAAAGGUCUGGACGGAAACAGCUGCAGAAACCCGGACGGCGACGUGAACGGACCCUGGUGCUACACCACAGACCGAAACAAGAAAUGGGACUACUGUAACAUUCAGGAUUGUGUGUCGCCCGACGGGCUGCAGUGCGGGACGCCAGUCAUCAAACCCAAGCGCUGCUUCGGUCGCAUCGUGGGGGGCUGCGUAUCCAAGCCUCACUCCUGGCCCUGGCAGAUCAGCCUUCGCACCAGCUCUGGAACCCACUUCUGUGGCGGGACUCUGAUCCACCCCCAGUGGGUGCUGACGGCAGCCCACUGCCUGGAGAGGUCCAGCCGCCCGGGAGCCUACAAAGUUCUGCUGGGCAUCCACACCGAGAGAGCCAGCGAGUCGUCCCGGCAGGAUCGGCGCCCGGUGAGACUCAUCCUGGGACCCAACAGGGCCGACAUCGCGCUGCUCAAGCUGGACAGCCCUGCAGUUAUCAACGACAAAGUCCAGCCGGCGUGUCUUCCAGAGAAGGACUACAUCGUUCCCAGUGGCACCGAGUGCUACGUGACUGGGUGGGGCGAGACUCAGAACACCGGCGGUGAAGGAAUCCUGAAGGAAACUGGUUUCCCCGUCAUCGAGAACAAGGUGUGCAACCGUCCGUCGUACCUGAGCGGUCGAGUCAGGGACCACGAGAUGUGCGCCGGGAACAUCGAGGGAGGAACCGACAGCUGCCAGGGCGACAGCGGCGGCCCACUGGUGUGCUACGCCCGGAACAAGUACAUCCUGCAGGGCGUGACCUCCUGGGGUCUGGGCUGCGCCAACGCCAUGAAGCCCGGCGUCUACGCGCGAGUCUCCAAGUUCGUGGACUGGAUCGACCAGACCAUCCGAACCAACUGAAGGGUCAUGUGACUGUGUCCUCUGUCGUGACUGUGGAGCUGAAAUAAAAGACGCGGUUGUCAGGA